AUGCAAUAUUCGGAGCAAUUAUUGUCAUUUUUUGAAGACAACAAUAUAAAAAUCUUUGAUUAUUCACAACACAAAAACCGUAAAUUUAUUGGGAAAGGAGGAUUUGCCAUUGUAUAUUCUGCCAUUUUUGACGGAAUAAAAUAUGCACUAAAAAGUUUUAAUAAUAAUUUGAGUUUGAAUGAUAAAGAAUUUCAACAAUUCAGCCGUGAGCGUCCGAAAUUAAAUGAAAUUUUAAUUGAACUCGAAAAUCUAUCAACAGAAACUGUUGAGUUCAUUACAAAUCCCAUCAAUAAUCAACAAAUGCAGCAGCUUAAUUUUUACUCGUACAAUGCAGGCUCUGCACUUUCUAUUAAUACAUACGACUCGAAUGAACUUGAAAGUAAUCCUAAAGAUGAAAAUAACGAUGCCAACAAUAUAACGAUUUACGUCGAUCCUAAAGAACCUUCAGAACAGGAAUAUUACAAACAGGAGCGUGAUGAAUUACUAGAACCUUCAGGACAAACACCUUAUCGAUUAAAGAGUGUUGAAUUAUUAAAUGGAAAUUUAGUAUUAGAGUGUCCCGUAUCUGAAAAUAUAUUAAAAAAUAUUCCUCACAAUUCUAGGGAAUUCACUCAUUUGAGAUAUACGGCUUGCACAAGCAAACCAGAAACUUUUAGGGAAAACAAUUUUAUACUACGCCAAAUUGAAUAUAAAAGAGAAACUGAACUUUUUAUUAUGAUAAAUAUGUGCGAUGACAACGAAAUUUUAUUAUCAUAUACUCUUGAUGGAAUAAUGGAAAAUAUUGCUUACCUUUGUUCUCUUAGAGAUUCUCCAACUUGGGGUAAUGAUGGGUGGGAAAAGGUUGUAGUAUGCAUAAUAUCUGAUGAUCGUAACCAUAUUAAUGAACAAGUUUUGGCAUAUCUUACUGUUCUUGGUGUUUAUCAGGAUAAUAUUGAAAAGUCCAAAGUGAACAAUAAAUUUGUUGAAGCACAUAUAUAUGAAUAUACAACUCUUAUUUCGAUUAAACAUUUUAAAAAUUCUGUUGAAAUUAAGAGCGAUGAAGGAGUUGUUCCGAUACAGAUUCUUUUUUGUCUUAUAGAACAAAGCAAAAAAGAUGAUCCUUCUCAAUGGUUUUUUAAUGCCUUUUGCCCGGUUCUUGUCUUCAAAGUAUGUGUUCUUGUUGAUGUUGGUAUUAAACCAGGUUACAGAUCUCUCUAUGCUUUGUGGAAUGCGGUCUCUACAGAUUCAGAUAUUGUAGGCGUUUGUGGUAAUAUAGAUAUUAUAAAAGGUGAAAGCAAAAUCAAACUAUUAAACCCAAUUGCUGGUGCUCAAAAUUUCUAUUAUAAAAUGUUAUAUAGUUUGGAUAAGCCAUUUGAAUCAAUAUUUGGCUAUAUUAAUUCUUUAUCCGAAGGUUUUUCUGCUUAUAAGUAUGAAGCUCUUCAAAGUUGUGCUAAUAAUUUAUGCCUUUCUAAUGAGCAUGCACUUAAUUUUGAUUUGGUUACAAGUAAAGAUCAUCAUUGGAAAUUGCAUUAUGUAAAGUCUGCUCAUGCUGAAACAAAUAUACCUGAAAACUUACCAGAAUUAAUUCAUCAACAAAAAUGCCACAUAAAUAAAUAUUUCCUUGCAAGCCUUUAUGCUAUUACACAUUUUUAUUGCAUCUGGAAAAGUGGACACACUAUUUUUCACAAGAUUUGUUUACAAAUAAAAAUUAUAUACCAAGCUUGCGAUUUUCUUUUUUCAUGGUUUGCAUCUGGCAUUUUUUCUUCAAUUUCAUAUCUAUUUUUCAUUAUUAAUGCUAUCAAUCCAUUUUUUGUUGUUGUAACUAGUGAAGAUAAACCAAGUUACAGUUUUGGCUAUUGUGGUGUGAUGGCUGCAUUUAUUAUUUAUGGUACUUUGAUUUUUGUUCAGAUUAUUUUCGCUAUAAUUAAUAAACCUCAAAGGUAA